AUGCUGCAGGUAGUGACCCCGGCAGACGAUGCCGUGCCCACGUUCUUUCUCACGGAGAUCAUUCGGGUGUUCUUUGUCGCUCGACAGUCCCAUUUCUUUCCCUGCGACCGCUUGACUGUGCUAUUACGUUGCUGUGACGGCGUAUGUGUGGCUAGUGGUAUCACUGAUCCUUUAACCACACCUGUCGCAUUGCUCACUGCCACGCCCAUCGCACACACUGCAGGCGACCUGUACGCGCAGAUGCCUGAGAUCAAGGCCAAGUUCAGAAACGUCGCAGUGGAGAGCAGGGGCUUUGCCAGCAUGAUGCAGCACGUCAUUCUACGCCCAUUCGAUGGAGUCGAUACUGAACUAAUUCGCAGCAUAGGACUGCAACACAUUGCGCAGGGCAUUACUGAGGAGAUGUAUGUAGCCAUGGCCAAGUCAGUGCUGGUGCUGUUCCACAAGCGACUGCCUGAAGGAGAGUACACCGCCGAGGUGCAGGAGGCUUUUUUAGCGUCGUUCUGCACCGCAGGCGCUUAUAUGCUCAACGCCAACACCGCAAAGUACGUCAAACGGAAACUGGUCAAUACGUACAACAAUCUCUUCAGGCAAAUACUGGGAUCAGCCGCUAACACUAGCGAAAGUAGUGAAUCUUUCACCAACCGAUUCACGGGAUUCAUGCGCAGCGGACGCUCUCGGAAUAACACAAAUGCGCGAGGAGGGAAGGACUACCCUUCGCAGGCGGCUGCGGAUCUCAAUAGCUGCAGUGACAACAAUCUUCUGCGCGGCGGUAUUUCUUACCCUAUUGAGAUGGACAGUGCGGUGCUUAAUCGCGCGGGCAGUAAUCCCACUAUGACUAACGGCGGCCUGUCAUCGACGUCAAGUUUAGGCGAACCCAUUGAUUCCGAUUCCACAUUUUCUCCGCGGCAGAAACUGACCGAGUUUUUCUCAUCGUCGCGGCGUGGGUCAAAGAGUAAGAUCACAAAGGGGCUGGUCGCUGGGCCAAGUGACUCAACAGCGCCAGAGACCACAAACAACCUCUCGCCUCAUCGCCACAAACUCAGCAGAACCAACAGUUCCCUGCUGGGCGGAAGCACAAGCCCCACCAUGCGCAAGUCCACGUCUGCUGUGAGUCUGUCGGAUCUGCUGUCUGAGAGUGAGCGUGGGGGUGAGUAUUCGUCCAAUCCCUCCACGCCCGUGACGGUAUUCGCUGAUAAUGAUCGGGGUGCCAGACAACGCAUUGGAUCUCCACUGCGCGCACGGAGCAAAACCAAAUUCAGCAGCACCAUCAGCAACAACUCACCACUCAUCAGCAACAACUCACCACUCAUCAGCAACAACUCACCACUCAUCAGCAACAACUCACCACUCAUCAGCAACAACUCACCACUCAUCAGCAACAACUCACCACUCAUCAGCACAGCCUACACAGGCACGUCCGUGUGGGAGCACAAUGAUCUGUACCAAGGACAGGACGACGUGUUGCCAGUGGACAGGAGCGGCUGAUGUUCUUCACUGUGCCGAGAAUCACGCACGUGACAAACGUAUGAAGAUGGCCACCGGACGCAUGUGUCAGUCGAGCAGUUUGUGAAUCAUCAUGCACGUUGCAUGAGAACACCUGCUUGGGAAAUAUUAAUCUAGGAUCAGAAGCGCAUAGAAUAUUAUUUAGGAAUCGUAAAUCAUUUUAUACUACCCUCUGGUUGAAGCAGUGCUUGCCAGCAUGUCAUGAUAGAAAGGGAAGCCCAUCCAUGUGCACAAUGAGCAACAGAAGGCAAUAAAGC